AUGGAUACAGAUCGGGCGUGGUUGAACCGCGUCAUCCCGCUGGAUCGGUGGACGCUCCGCUCGGCCAAUGGCUCGGUGCAGGUGGACAACGCGACGGUGCCAGGCACCGCCCACGUGCACCUCAUGGCCGCGGGGCUGCUGGACGACCCGUACUACCGCUUCAAUGAGCGAGAGUAUCAGUGGGUGGCGAUGGAGACGUGGACGUACGAGACGCUCGUGACGCUGCCCAGGGACACCGACAGCUCCAAGGCGAUGCUCGUGUUCGAGACGUUGGACGGCGUUGCGCGCGUGACAGUCAAUGGGGAGCAGCUGGCGACGACGGCCAACUCCUUUGUGCCCUACAGACUCGACGUCGGAGCGGUGCUGGUGGCGGGCGUGAACCACGUCCAGGUCGUGUUUGAGCCUGCGACGCAGUACGCCAGACAGCAGGCCGAGCAGUACCCGUACUUCGUCCCGGCGACGCUGAACUUCAAUACGUGGACGGAGCCCACGCGUCGGUCUUUCAUCCGCAAGGCCGGCUCGGACUUUGGAUGGGACUGGGGGCCGGCAUACGUGACGUCGGGCAUCGCAGGACCGGCGUAUAUUGAGCUGCAGGAGUCGGUCGUGAAGCUGAAGGACUUGCACGUGAUGCAAGCGUUCCCUGGUGGGAAGGAAGAUCUUUCCGUUGUGGAUGUCACUGUCAGCGUGACGUUAGAUGGAGGGGAUGGGAGGCACGAGAACGUCACGUUCAACUUGUUUGUGGACGAGAAGAAGGAGGCGACGCUCUCUACGACAGUGCAGGAGGAUUCGGGAGAAGAUGCGGUGAUAGAACUAUCGUUUCGGCUGGAGAAUCCGAGGCUGUGGUGGCCUGCCGGGUAUGGCGAGGCCUACCUGUACGACAUGCGUGUGGAUGCUUGGAGCGAGUGGUUCAAUUCGUCUCUUUCGCACAAGAGCGGCAUCCGCCACGUGGAACUCGUCCAGGAUGACACGAAUGCUGGCAACGUGACCGGAAAAACGUUUUACUGCAAAGUUAACAACGUUCCUGUCUUCGUCAAAGGCGCGAAUUGGAUCCCCACCGAUUCGUUUCCCACGCGGGUCAGGGCGUCAACAGUGCGGCACUUGCUGGAGAGCGUGCACGCUGCAAACAUGAACAUGGUUCGGGUCUGGGGAGGUGGCCGAUAUGAAUCCGACUUAUUUUAUUCCGAGUGCGAUCGGCUGGGUAUCCUAGUCUGGCAGGAGCUCAUGUUUGCUUGCGGGAUGUACCCUCGUGAUACCGCGUUCCUCGAGAAUGCGCUGAAGGAAGUGGCAUUCCAAGUCGCCCGGCUUCUAGCAGACUUCACCAAGCUCUUCGUGGAUAUGAUUCACCCUACCAUCGCUGCGAUGGACUCGACUCGGCCAUUCGUCGACACGUCUCCGUCAAAUGGGUUGUAUUCGGUUGAUCCUUACGUCAAGCGGUGGGGGGCCACGAACGGGGUAGCAUUCGGUGAUGUUCACUUCUACGACUACAACAGCGACUGCCAAGACUACAAGAUGUACCCGCGCGCUCGCUUCAUUUCCGAGUUUGGCUUUCAGAGCUGGCCUUCAGCAACGUCUCUUCGCGAUGUGAGCUCAAAGGAGGACUGGGGAUCUUUUCAAACCUUUUGGCAGUUUCUCAAGUACCGUGAGAGGCAUGAAAACGGCACCACGCAGAUGCUUACCCAACUCAACCGCCGCUUUCACGUCCCGUUCCCCUUUGACAAUGAAAAGUGGCUUGCAGACGAAUCCAAGGCUCGUGUCGAAGGCGAUGAAUCCUUCGGGUUCAGCAUCAGCAAGCGGAUCGAGUCGUAUUUGUACCUGACGCAGAUCCAGCAGUCGCUGUGCUAUCAAACUGCCAUCCAGACGUGGCGCCGCGGGAAGAAUCCCGAGCUCGGCAUGACGAUGGGCAUUUUGUACUGGCAGUUGAACGACAUUUGGCAAGGCAGCAGUUGGUCCAGCAUCGAGUACUCCGGUCGAUGGAAGAGCUUGCACUACGCGGCGAAGCGCGCAUUUGCUCCUUUCAUCGUAUCAAUCCACGAACGAGACGACGGCAACGCACUGCAAGUGUACGGCGUGAGCGACGUGAACGCAGAUUUGACGGUGGACGUCGGGUACGAGCUCCGGCGAACCAAGUGCGGUAGCCUCGUGAAGUCGAUCAACCGCCAAGCCAUCCCCAUCGCAGCCCUGGAGAGCCGCUCCAUCGAGGAGCUGGACGUCGACGCCUUUUUGGACCAUGAAGCGACAUCCUGCCACCGCCGAUCGUGCUUCCUGCACGUCCGCUGCGUGGUAGCAACGAGUGUCGCCUUAUCGGGAGAGAUGACCGCCUGCGAGGACACGCACCACUUGUUCGCGCCGAUCAAGCGCCUGAACCUGGGCUGGGGCGAGGUGACCGCUCGAUCCGUGGUCAAGUCUGAGGCGGCCAAUGGCGUCGUGUUCAGCGUGGAGCUUGCAUCGACGGACUUUGUGGCGCUGUUCGUGGAGGUGGACGCGCCCGGAGCGCUGGGUCGCUGGAGCGCCAACUCGUUCCUGAUGCUGGCCAACGAGACGAGGACGCUCCACUUCACGGUGGCCGACGGGGAGGAGGCGGGGAAGCUGUCGGCCGACGCAUUCGCGCGCUUGAUCGCCGUGACUUGGCUACAAAAGAGCUACGACAACUCGAUUACGGACGCGGCGGCGGUGAUGUGA